AUGUAUCAUUCCACCCAGCCAAACGGCGCUGAGGGUGCGACCAUCAAUCCCGCGACCAUCAACCCUGCCGCCCUCAAUUCUGAACUACUGAACGCCAACGCGCGCGGCCUCAAGCGCAGCCGGUCGCCCGAGUCCUAUCAAGAAUCGCAAACCUCUGGUGCGCCGGGGGAAGAUGUCCACGCACAGAAACGUGGAAGACCGACGGUGAAACCUCGAUCCUCCAUGUCGGACCCCUCUGGUCAGCCGCCUCACCUGGGCCAAGGCCCGAACAUGCAGAGCAUGGCACAACCGCAGACGAUGCCACCGCAGACACCACAGACCCAGAACGCGCCAUUACCGGCGCAGGCUGGUAGUUACACACCCGCUCAGCCGCCCCAAGCCUCGCCGCCGCCGAAAGCUACGCCCACCAAGACGACUCUGAAGGCGCUGCCAACGGUGCGUGAUCAUACAACCGACCAGCUGGGACCGGGCGGCGACGAGUAUCUACCGAGAGAAGUCGAUGAGGCCGGCGAGAAAAAGGUAAUGGCCAACGGCCAGCUGCUGGGAAACCGUGAAUACCGAUGCCGAACCUUUCUGGUUCCCAACCGAGGAGACAAGCUGUUCAUGUUGGCAACCGAGUGCGCCAGGGUCCUUGGGUACCGGGAUUCUUACCUCUUGUUCAACAAGAAUAGGUCGCUCUUCAAGAUCAUCGCAAAUCAGAUAGAGAAAGACGAUCUGGUGGCCCAAGAAAUUCUUCCGUUUUCGUACCGGUCGCGGCAGAUUGCUAUCGUCACAGCACGGUCCAUGUUUCGACAGUUUGGCAGCAGAGUGAUCGUCAACGGCCGCCGGGUAAGGGACGACUACUGGGAGGGCAAGGCACGUAAGCAAGGAUUUACUGAGGCUGAUCUGGCUGGCGAGAAGCGCCCCGGCGCCUCCAAGGCCCGGGAGGCUGCCGCCGCUGAAGCCGCCCAGCACGCUCCCAUCGUGGGUGGUCCCCAUGGCGAAAUUGUUUACGCCAACACUCCAGGCCAAUUUGGUGGUGCUCCCCAACCCCAACUUGUCCAACCAGAUUUGAACGAUCAACGGACCCGGGACUACAGUAAUUUUAUCAAAGGCGGCCCACGACAGGAAAUCACAGGCCCGGCCUAUCAGGACAGAACCCAAACAAGCCCUCUUUCCGAGAUCCAUGCCCAGGCCCAUCAUGCUGCCGAGUUCAACCGCACCAUCAACUCCGGCCGUGAGGUCCGAAGCGAGUACAUGCAAAAUAUGUGGCGGAGGCCUCAUGAACAGCCGAGUGCGUCGCCCGUGUCUGCUUCGGAUUCCGCACUGCCUACAACGCGUCCUGGACAGUCUCCUCACGCCGCGACGGCAAGCAUCCAGCAGCCAUCUGGUAUGGUGCCCAACCAGAGCCCUCAGAUGAUGAUGACGGGCCCUCCCUACUCCCAGUCGAUUCAUUCUCAGCAGCCUAUCAGCCAAGCCCCGAUGCGAGGCAUGCCCCAGGCGGCGCCGUCUCAGAAGCAGUCAAGACCACCAAGCCUGCAAUCGGGGCCGACGGGUAACCUCGCCCCGGGUGCUCAGACGUACAAUUAUGGCCAAAAUCCCAUGUGGAGCCACCCCCAGACUCCUCAGACACCACAGCACUAUUCUGGUUAUACUACUCAACCACAACAGUCACCCCACCCGCAGCAGUCACCAGCACCGCAACUGCGACACCCGUCAGGCACACCGCAGCAGAUGCAGCCCGGUGCGAUGCAGUAUCCUGGGAUGCCAGGCCUCAGCCAAGGUUAUCCCAAUCCCAGCCAGGGUAUGUAUCCUCCGGAGCAGACACCCAGGCAGUUCAUGCCCCAGAAUCCAGGAGCAUCCCCGGCCGUGACCCAGGGCUGGUCGAACCCGCAGACAUCCUCGGCUGGAAACUGGUGGGCAAACCAGCCGCAGUGA